AUGGCCUUUAUGCGGUCGGACGGUGAGGUUGACCGCAAGUAUCUCCUCUCGGCAGACAAACGGGUGAAUGGGAGAGUAGCCACCGACCGGCGCGUUAUCGUGGAGUUUAUCCAAUCGAACGAGCAGGCUGCAGAAGACUCUCCUAUUACUUUUUCGAUCUUCCAACAAGCGCCUAGACCCGGACAUGGGUCUAGCACUCUCGGCCACCCCUCCCCCCCCUUCGUCCACUCGCAUGGGAAGACAUUGCGGCGCGAGGGUAGCCCCUCCCUUCAGUCGACUGUUGCAGCUCGCGGUGCCCCUCAUUCAAGGAUGAAUAUCCUUCGCUCCACGCCCAGCGUCGCGACAAAUGACCUGGUGGUGGGGCUCUGCGACGGCCAGAGUAUUUUAUCCGCCAUGGCCCCCUCUGCCCUCCGUGGCCUGCCUUUGAUCUUACUCUCCUGCUUCCUCUUCUCCUCUCCUCUCUUGUCAAUCUGCCGUUGUCUCACCUGUUCUUUUCGCCCAGGAAAGAGUUGA